ACACACACAGUAUCCCCAGUUUACCUCGUACGAGCCUGUAAUGGACUACUCCAGUCUCCCAGCAACUGGACGGGUUUUGAGAAACGUUUUUUAGCUCCUUUCGCCGGACUUUCCACAUUCAAGUCGGCGGGAUGGCUGAAAAGAAGCCCGAAUCGCCAGGGGAACUAAAGACAGUAUCGUAGCGCCCCCCCCAAAAAUUCGUCUUUUACAGAAUAAGGGGCCUCUCCAGACGGACUAUUUCUUUUCACAACUUUCCCCACUGUGGAUAAUGGAUGGCAGAGAUUUUGGACCUCCCCGAUCCGUCCACGUACCGCCGCCGUUGCUGCCGGGGCUCACGAUGGAGUCUCCCCGACUCGGAGCGGCAGCCGCGGCCGGGAGGAUGCCUCCCUCGCCCGGCCACGGCCACGCGCCGCCCCUCCACUCCGGAAAAUUCCUGCCAUCGCCCAUUAACCUACAUCCACACCACAGCGAUUCUUUCGCGUCAGGCUCCAGUCCCUUCCUGUCGGGUUACCCCGGCCACUCCCCCUUGACCUCUGACCCCGCGUACAGAUCGGCCAACCCCGGCGGUCUUCAGAUGGCCCAGCUGUGGGCAUCACACGCUCAUGAAGCCUACCCUGCUCUGCCCAGCAGCCUGUACCCUUACCUGUCCCUGGGGCACCUGGAGCCUCCCCCGCUCUCCCAGCACCCUCUCUACGACUCCCAUAAAGAGGGCUUUUACCUGCCAGCCUCACUGAGCCAGCUGCCUCCCCACAUGGCAUCGGCUCCUCCGCCCGCCCCGUCCAGCUCCACGCCGCCCCAGAGGACAUCCCGGGACGGGGGUAGGGACCGCCCUUAUCGGGGGGAAAGGGAGAGAGAGCGUUCGAGAGAGGAGCCAAGGCCGCACAGCGUGGUGGACCUGACGCAGGACGGGAGGAGCGAGGAGGAGCGCAGAGCGAGGAGCGGCGAGCGGGAGCGCGAGCGGGACCGGGACACGGAGAGAGACCGCUGGCCCUUCCAUCGUCACCCCCACGAGCAGAAGCCACACCCACAGCCCUCCGCUGUGCAGCCCAGAUCCCUGCCGUCACCCCCACGGCACUCCUUCCCCUCGGGCGGGGGAGGGAGGUUUCAUGGAGCAGAAACGGACCGCGGGGGUCGGGGGGAGGAGGAGGGCGGCUCUCGACCCCACCACAACUACAACUCUAACGCCAACUCAAACUCUCACACGGACAGACAGCGGAGGAAUGACGCCGGCGCCCCGUCGGCCGGGACCCUCCACGUCUCCUACGCCCUCCCUCCGGCGCUUCAGCCCUCCGCCGCCGGCCCGCCUCACCCGUCCACCCCCAGAGAGUCGAUGAGAGAGCAGCGGGUCAGCGCACCGACGUAUGUGCCUUCCGUGGAGGUUUACGACGAGCGGGUCGGGCCCAUCCAGAUCGCCUCGCAGGCCCGUGACAACAAACACAAGGACCGGGAACGGGAGAGCGACCGGGAGCGGGAGAGAAACCGGGAGAGGGAGAGCUACAGGUUCCCUGACAGGAGCCCGAUGGAGCAUCCCGGUCUCUCCCAGUCCAGCGAUUCAAGCAAUCAAAGGGAGGAAGGUUCUGUGAUCUGUUCCAAUGGCUCCAUUGCUAAACGUGGCCAGGACGCGUCGUAUCCCUCCAACCAAUCACGGUUCAGUCCGGAAACCAGGGACGCCUCCAAACACUCAAUCCGAUUGGGCAUAGAGCGAGCAGGGGCGGAGCCUAAGUGGAACGCCAUCAGCCCGUUAGCCAACUAUGCCACCAGUCACAUGGCGGCCCUGGCAGCCCAACACGCGCACACUCUCUCCUCCUCUCCCCACAGAGCGGAAACAGCGCACACACAAUGUUCACACUCUCCCCCCCACGGCGCGGCCCACCGGCCCGAGCAACAAAGCAACACUCUUGCCCACUGUGCAAUGCCCGCGAGACACACCCCUCCCCAGCACGCAAUUGGGCGCGCAGGGGAGGAGGGCAGUCAGAGACGCUACCUCGACCCGUCGGCCGUCUACCGACCCGGAGGGGCAAUGGCAGGAGAGCGAGGCGGGGGGGCGCCGGGGUCGGAUCCCACCGAGGUGUCGGCCAUGCAGAGUCUGAUUAAGUACAGCGGCAACUUUGCUGCGGAGGGUCCCGGGUCCGCCAGGCACGCCGCGGACGGGCGAGGGCCCUUUGGGGGUCUGGCCAACGUCGGGAUGGAUGCCGAAAGGGAGAGGGAUAAAGAAAGGGAGAGGGAAAAAGAGAGGGAGCGGGAGAGGGGUGAGAGGGAGCGAGAGAGGGGGGAGAGGGAGCGAGAGAGGGACAGGGUGUCGGCUGGUGCGGCGUUGCGGGUGCCUCCCCAGCUGAAGCGGGAGCAGGAGCGGCCGGACAGCGCCCGCUCGUUUGGCCGGGAGGGCGAGGGGGAGGUGCGCCACCCUCCGGUGGGCAUCGCUGUGGCCGUGGCCCGGCAGAGAGACAGCGGGAGCACCAGCAAACCGAGCGGGGGCCCCUCGGACACUCAGAGGAACCUGCUGCAAUCGGCCAUUAAAGAUGAGGAGCGCGGGGAGGACCGGAGCCGUCUCCACGACGACAGACUGCUGGCCAGCCGGCUGGAGCGCGAGCAGGAGAAAGUGCUCCGAGAGUCCAAGGAGCUGUCGGAGUUCACUCAGAUGCACCCGGCCCCCAUGUCCAGCAGUAUGAUGACACCCAGCCUCAUGACCCCCAACCUCAUGGUCACAGGAGGGGCGGCCCUGGCAGGGGCGGGACGAUGGCCUCCCGACCCCUCAACUCUGACCUCUCACCCCUGGAUGCCCCGACCUGGAGCCCCACCAGUCUGGCUGUCCAGCUCCCCAUACAGCCUGGGUCCUCCCUCACUCCAUCAGACCCUCCCUCCCGGCUACCCCCCCUCGCUACAGGGCUCCAUGCCCCCUCACUACCAGUUUGCCAGGGACCCACAGUCUGGACAGCUAAUAGUCAUCCCCACUGAACACCUGUCACACUACGGAGGCGACGUACUUGAGCGCGGGGCCCCGAUGUGGUCGGGGGUAUACGGAGCAGGCAGCUCGCUGCAGCACGCGGCACAGCUGCAGCUCCUCUCGCAGCAGCAGAUGCUGCGGCAACAGGAGCUGCUCAUGAUCCAGCAGCACACGGCGCAGGUCCUGGAGCUGCAGAGGAACGCACAGCUAGUCGAGCGCUUAAAGGCCAGCGAGCACCGGCCGGAGAUGGAAGACAAAGCGGAGAAGCGGCACGCUGAACCCAAACCUCGGCCCUCCUCCGUGUCUUCUCCGUCCCGCUCGCCCGUCCUGCACCCGCGCAAACCUCCCGUCCUCUCCCGCUCGCCGACCCCGUCUACUUCCUCCUUCGGCCCUCUGCCCCUGUUCGCCUCGCCGGUGACCGGCCUCAAGAGGGAGGACGACGGGCAGAGAGUGUCGUCUCACCCGCCCCUGCCUCAACAGCCUCACCCCCGCUCAGCCUCCCCGCCCACGUGCUCGCCGCGGCGCCCUAAGCUGGAGGUGGGACGGAGGGAGCAGAGAGAGGGACAGAAGCCGGACUCUGCACCCUUUCAAGGCAUCUACGCUGAUCUCCCUCCUGGUUAUCCCUACCAGUCCAUCACUGCCCCAUUCAGCUCCCCUUUCCCCCCUUUUCACAUCCCAGCUCCCACAGCGGCAAACACAGAAAUUGUCCCCCCCCAUCGCUCCCCCGCCCCUUUGCCCUCGGCCCGCCUCCACUCCAGGCUGCUGGACGCAGACGUCAAGCCGCAGAAGCUCGAGUCGUCCAAGACGGGAUCUUUCCUCAAGCAGGAACCCGAUGUGGAGCAGCCUCGGCUCGACGUGACCCCGCAAGCCGUCGGCCCUCUUCGCCGGAGCUGCAGCCCUGCGCUGGCCAGACCGGACCGAGAGGAGGAUGGGGAAGCCCCGGCGCCCCAGUCCCAACCGCCGCCUCUGCUCGCCCCCAGCCCUCCCCGCCUCCAGGGUGAAAGACGGGAGGAAGUCCGGGAGGAAGAGAAGGACACGGGGCAAAUCAAAAUGGAGGCGUCAUCUCAGUCCUGUCGGGCGGCAUACCCUCCACUGCCUCCUCCACGCACAGAAGCUGAGCCUAAACCAGAGGUCUCCGACGGUCCAGAGCAAUACCCCUCGUGCGUCGCCGCGGAUUCAGAACGCCGGGAGCCGUCUCAGACGCAUCGGCCGCUGGGAGAAAUCCCCAGCGCGGCGUGCGAGCACGAGCGGCCAGCCACUCCGACCGGGUCGCACACUCCCAGCAGCAGAGAAAGUGUCAAAGAAACUCCUCCUCCAACCGCUGACUCGCCGCUCCUGCUGGAGGAUCCCAUGGCCGGGUUGUUUGCUCUGCUGGCGGCAAGUGAAAUGGCCGAGGCCCGGCCCAACACCCCACCCACGCUGACGCUCAUAGCGCCGAUAGACAGCGCUCCCAUGGGGGCAGACUGCAGCAGCACGGGUGCUCUGGAGAUGGUGGCGCUGGAGGGGAUGGCCCUGCUUAGCCAAAUGGCCCAGCGCGAGAUCGAACACAUUCGCCUGGAGCAAGAUAUCACGUUAGAGGGUCUGGACUAUCUAUUGAAGGCGAGCAGGCAGAUUUUGUUGGAGGCCAUCGAGAAACAGUCCCACAUUGACCUGCCCAGAACUCUGGACCCCAACAAGAAGUACAGCUGGAGGCAGAGGAAGGAAGAGCCGCUGUACAGUAAAAUGUCCGUGGACGUGUUGGACGCGGUGGAAGUGGAAUACCGCGUCCGCCUGGCCGAGCUGCAGAAGACGUACAAGGAGAAGCAGAGAGAUUUGAGCAAGCUGCAGAGACGCAGAGACAAGCGUGAGCGGCAGCAGCAAGAGGAUGAGAGGCGGAGUUUGACCAGGCGGGGCAGAGGACGACCCAGGAAGAGGAAGCACUUGGCGACACCUCCCAAACUGGACAGCAGGCCUGCAAAGGCGGGUAGGACGGUGCAAUACUCUGACGACUCUGAAGCUGGGGAUGGACAGAGGAAGAAGUUCCGGUUGUCCAGAGAAGAAGAGGAGACCGAGGCGGGAAGUGGAGGGGUGAUGGUGAAAAAGAAGAAGAAGAAGAAGAAGAAGAGCUGGAAUGACUCUGAGCCGUCCACCAGUCACGGCCUCGAGGUGAAGCGUGCUCACGUGUGUGAGCAGGAGCAGCUGGCGUCGGACCUCGACAGAGCACUCUCGCUCUCUCAGCUCGGCGCUCCGCGCAAACCUCAAGCCCCCAACCUCAAGUUGGACAAGUCCAACGGCAAGUCGGCGGAGAGUCGGGCGAAGGAGCGCGGCAUCCACCCGCCCGCCAAAGCGGGCAAACACAAGACGGCCCCCAAGGCCUCCGCUUCGGCGCCUCCCCGGAAGGUGAAAGGUCAGAAGAACACGGCUCCGUUCUCUCCGGUGAGAUCGGAGCUCAGCAGCUGCUCCAACAACUCAGAUUCAGAGGAGCACAAUUCCGCUCGGGGGGGCUGGCCCCCUCUCUCAGGGACGCGUUCUCACGGCGACCCGACCAGGAAGAGGCGAUCGACGUCGUCGCCGACGUCCCUGCUGUCUGGCCAAAAGACUCAGAAGAAGAAACACAAGCACUUAUCGCUGCUGCUGGAGGAAGCGGGACUCAGCUCCUCCGACGACUCCUUUGACCAAGAAACGUCAGAGGACGAAGGCGACUACGAGGCCGAGUCUGACUCGGACGACGGUGGCGGCUGUGAGGAGAGCGGCCUCGGUCUGCUGGCCAGGUUUGCGGCGAGUGCGCUUCCCGUCAGCUCCACUCCGUUGAGCCUUUUCCAUGACGGCAAACAACGCAGCAGGCAAAGUACUCUGGGGUCGUCCGAGUGCGAGUGGUCGGACUCCGGGUCGGACUUGCGUCUGAGGAAGUUCCCCUCUCUGCUGCACGGCAAACGCUCCGCCCCGGAGCUCCCCCUGUUGCCCCCGGCAACCCGCCGCAUCGAGCAGACCAGCCCCUGCAAGCGAGACGACGCGCUGCCGGCCAAACGCAAGCCGCUGCCCAAACCGCGGCCGGCGCCGCGUUCACCGCGGGCGUACAGCCUCGACCUCCCCUCCGGGUUCGGCGGCUUCAGCGAGGACGAGGGCUGGACCCGGCGACGCAGCGAGAGGAUUUUCCUCCACGAUGCCGCCGCCUCCACCGCCACCACCACCUCGGCCAGUCAGUUGCCUGCGUCGACAUCCGCUUCCACCGGUCAGAGCUCCUCCUCCGGCUCGGCCCCACCGCUCCCCCCGAAGCCGGCCUCCAGACCCAAGCCCUCGCCGCCCAGCCGAGAGGGAAAAGAUGUGGUGAAAAAAAAGAAGCCGAAGGACUCUCCUCUGCCCGUGAGCCCGUCCGCGCUGUGCAGUCCAAUCACAGACCUCGCUGCGCCGCUGAGCCUCAGCCCGGGACGCAAGAGCCAGCCGAAAGCAAAGACGAAGGUCAGAGAGCCUUCCAGAGGGGCGGUUAGCCGGCUGAUGGAGAGCAUGGCGGCAGACGAAGACUUUGAGCCCAACCAGGACAGCAGCUUCAGCGAGGACGAACUGGUCCCACCGCGCAGCACCGGCGCAUCGGAGAGCUCCUCCGCGCCGGCUCCGGUGCAGUGUGUGUUGGAUAACGAUUCCCUGGUGGACGGACUCAGAGUUUUGAUCCCGAUGGACGACCAGCUACUGUACGCAGGACACGUGAACACUGUGCACUCCCCUGACAUUUACAGUGUGGUGGUGGAGGGGGAGAGGGGGAACCGACCACACAUCUACUGCUUGGAACAGCUGCUGCAGGAGGCUAUCAUCAACGUGAAGCCCCCGUCGGUGCGCUACCUCCCGGAGGGAACGCGCAUCGCGGCCUACUGGAGCCAGCAGUACCGCUGCCUUUAUCCCGGCACCGUUGUCAACGGAAGUUCAGAUAUUGACGAGAAUGAUGAUCUCAUCACGGUGGAGUUUGACGACGGAGACACAGGCCGCAUCCCCCUCUCACACAUUAGACUGCUGCCGCCGGACUACAAGAUCCACUGCGCUGAGCCGUCCCCCGCGCUGCUGGUGGCCAGCUGUUCCAGGAGGAAAGUCCGCAAGUGCAGCAAAGAGGGCAAAGAAGCGGCAGCAAAGCCGGAGGAGAGCGCGCCUAAGAUCAAAGGAAAGCCUGGUCGCAAACCCAAACCCAAACCAGAGACCUUUUUGAACCCAGAGGGCCGCGACAAAGCGGAUCCUCCAUCUUCCUCCGCCCAGGCCACAGAGAGACCCCUGGCUCCAUCCAAGCCCCCCCAGGACAGGACCUCCGCCGUCCAGAAGGCCGCUCCGGAGAAGCCGCGACCGGCCUCCCGGCCGUCGACGGGAACCCAGGAGAAACCCAGCCGCAAAAGCUCCACCACGUCUCCCGCUGGGAACCCCGCCCUCCCCAACCCGGUGGUCAGGAAGGCCGGCUCAGCCCCGCCUUCUGCUCCUAAACCAGCCCGUGCUCUCCCCCCCUCCCUCUACCCUUCCACCUACGGAAAAGUCCUGACCGUGGAUCUGUACAGCGAACCCAACCUCAACUCGUACAACAGCCAGCGCCGAGAGCGAGAGAGCAGCAGCGCCCUGAGUCCCACCACCAACAGGCCCGUGUCCAGACCCGCGGCGGCACCGUCAUCCACCGCGCCCAAGCCGAGCGCUUUGUCCACCGCCAGAACCCCUUCUGCUCCGCCCAAACCCAAAUCCUCCUCCUCGGACCACCACAGCGGCUCCAGACCCGGCCACGGCUCCGCCCUCAUCUCCGGCCCCACAUCCAGGCUGUCGACAGGCAAACCGGGCUCCUCCCUGACUCCCAGACCUUCGUCGUCAUCGUCGUCAUCUGCUCCGAGGCCCAAACUGAAGAUGCCGUCCGACCAGCUGUCCUCCAGGCCCGGCGCCGCCUCCGUCUCCAGGCCCAAGCCCAACCCGGGGACGAGUGACGCGGCCGCGGUGGUGAGACGCAAGCCCCAGACGGCAGAGCCCCUCGUCAAGCUCGACCACGAAGGUGUCACCUCCCCGAAGACCAAGAAGACAAAGGCUCUGAUGCUGCUAGAGGGUCGAGGCGCCAGAGCAGACCACGCCCCCAUCGCCACAGGCACAGCCAGUCAGGAACGGCUAAAGGCGAGGCCGAAGGCGCCGGAGAAGGAGCCUGGGCUGAGAGAGAAAGAGAAAGCACCGGUGCUGACCAAAGAGAAGGCAGAGAGCCGUGGGAGUGCUGGCCGAGGACAGAAGAUGGACUCGCGAGAGGAGAAAGGCAACAACGAGGAGAGGAAGCAGGUGGAGAAAAGAGACGAGAGGAAGGUUAAAGAAUUAUCUCAGAGCAGCAGCAGCAGCUCGGAGUCGGAGGAAGAAGGGGGGAAAGGCAAGUUAAAGAAAAAGAAGAAAUGCACCUCGAGUUGCUCGUCGUCCUCUUCGUCCUGCUCCGGUUCCUCCUCCUCCUCUUCAUCGUCGUCCUCUUCCUCGUCCUCUUCUUCCACCGACGACUCUUCCUGCAGCUCAGAUGAAGAGAGGACCCUCACGCCUCCGCCAGGCCCCGUCGCCACGCCUCCAGGACAGGACAAACCGAAAGAAGAGGCAAAAGAAGAAGAAGAGGAAGACGAGGAGGAGGAGGAGGAGGGCGAAGAGCUGAAGGAGGAAGUGGAGGUCAGAGUGGAGGAAGGAGAGCUGUCUCCUCCCUCACGAUCUCCCUCGCCUUCAACCUCUCCAUCUCCUUCUACGCCCACCAAGCCUGCUAAACCGGCGACGGGGAAGGGCUCGGGGCAAAGGGGGCGUCCUCCCAAACCGAAGCCCAGCGGCGGAGACGGGAAGGCGGGGAGACCAAAGCGGAGGGAGGGCGUCCACCUCCCCACAACCAAGGAGCUGGCCAAACGGCAGAGGCUUCCCAGCGUGGAGAAUAGGCCCAAAAUCUCUGCUUUCCUUCCAGCCAGACAGCUCUGGAAGUGGUUUGGAAAACCCACUCAGAGACGCGGUAUGAAGGGCAAGGCUAAGAAGCUCUUCUAUAAGGCCAUCGUGCGCGGGCGAGAGAUGAUCCGCAUCGGGGACUGCGCCGUGUUUCUGUCCGCCGGGCGGCCCAACCUGCCCUUCAUCGGCCGCAUCCAGAGCAUGUGGGAGUCCUGGGGCAGCAACAUGGUGGUCAGGGUCAACUGGUUCUACCACCCAGAGGAGACCAACCCCGGCAAGAAGCUCACCGACAAGAAGAACUGGGAUCAGAUGUGUGGUCAAUCGCUGCCUGCAGCUCUGCACUCGUCCAUCCAGAGGAAAGACUUCAUGGAGCGCGCCCUCUACCAGUCUUCUCACAGCGACGAGAACGACGUGCAGACGGUCAGCCACAAGUGCCUGGUGGUGAGCGUGGAGGAGUACGAGCAGAUGACCCACACGCGGCGCUACGCCGACAGCGAGGACCUUUACUACCUGGCCGGCACCUACGAACCCACCACCGGCAUGAUCUUCAACACCGACGGGGUCCCGGUCAUCUGCUGAGCGCAACUCGCUGCCGGCCGAUGGAACCAAGCCGGGACCCUCCAGCUCCUUACGGGGGGGUUAAACUGAGAGACGGUAUCACAGGGGGCGGAGUCUCCUGGGACCUCUGCACACGCGGACGCCAUCGACUUCCCUUCUGCUCGCUGUGUAGUCGGGAAAACCAGAGAAGGCAAACGAGCGCUUCAGCGUCCUUUUUAACAUGUAAAUAUACUAAACGGUCACGGACGCACGGCCACGUGUAAAUACUCACCUGGGUGUCACACACACACACACACACACACACACACACGGUUACAUAGAG